UCCAAUUGUGCGCCGGUCACCGUACGAACAAGAUGGGUACAAAACCACUACUACCGUUUCUUUGUUUCGUCUUACUGUUGGGUGCACUGUCGGUACUUCCUGUUACGGAAGCCCAAGGUGUCGGCAGACGUGGAGCACGCAUUGUCUGCUAUUUCAGCAAUUGGGCCAUAUAUCGGCCGGACGUCGGACGCUACACGAUCGAUGAUAUACCCGGGGAAAUGUGCACUCACAUCAUCUACUCGUUUAUUGGAGUGGAUGACAGCAAUUAUAAGGUGCUGGUAAUCGAUCCCGAGGUGGAUUUGAUCCAGAAUGGAUUUAGAAACUUCACAGCAUUGAAAAUGAAGUACACGAAUGCCAAAAUGAUGAUAGCCGUCGGAGGGUGGGCCGAGGGAGGUAAAAAAUACUCGCAGAUGGUUGCGGUUAAGCAGAGGCGAGAUUCGUUCAUUGAGAGCGUGGUUCAGUUUAUGAAAGCCUACGAUUUCGAAGGAUUUGACUUGGAUUGGGAGUACCCCGGGGCGGCUGAUCGUGGCGGUAGCUUUGGCGAUAAGGACAAAUUUUAUUAUUUUGUGGAGGAACUGCGAAGAGCUUUUGAUCGAGAAGCACGGGGAUGGGAGAUCACGAUGGCAGUACCAGUGGCGAAUUUCCGACUACAGGAGGGUUACCAUGUACCGGAGUUGUGUGAAAAUUUGGACGCCAUUCACUGUAUGACUUAUGAUCUGCGAGGUAACUGGGCCGGAUUUGCUGACGUUCACAGCCCUUUGUAUAAACGACCUCACGAUCAGUGGGCAUAUGAGAAACUAAAUGUUAAUGAUGGAGUGCAAUUGUGGGUGAAUUAUGGUUGCCCGCCAAACAAACUAGUCAUCGGUGUACCGUUCUAUGGAAGGACAUUCACACUUAGUGCCAGUACAACCAAUCCCACUCUCGGAUCCUAUAUCAACAAAGAAGCUGGAGGAGGUACUCCCGGACCAUACACCAAUGCAACCGGUUUCCUAGCGUAUUAUGAGAUUUGUACUGAGCUAAAGGAUGAUGAAAAGGGCUGGACCAAAAAAUGGGAUGAAGUAGGGCUUUGCCCAUAUGCAUAUAAAGGCACACAGUUUGUUGGCUAUGAGGACGUCGAAUCUUUAGAGUAUAAGAUGAAGUGGAUAAAAGAGAAAGGAUAUGCAGGUGCAAUGACUUGGGCCAUCGAUAUGGACGAUUUCCAUGGUUUGUGUGGACCAAAAAACGCUCUCAUGAACGUUCUGCACGAGAACAUGAAAGAUUACGAAGUUCCUGAACCAACCAUUUCCACGACACCCAGACCCGAAUGGAAUAGACCUCCCUCAACACAGCCAAGUACAGUAGAAGGUCCACUCACUGCAGGUCCAACCAGCACUUCAACCACUCGUCGUUCGACAUCAAAAACAACUACUUCCACAGUUCCUCCAAAGCGUACUACUAGCAAGACUACGACACGAAGAACUACCACAACUACUGUUCCGGCGACGACACGUAGAACUACGUCUACUUCGGCUCCGGCAACGACGCGAAGACCUACUACAACUGCUGUCCCGGUGACCGAUCGGGCGCCUGAACCCGCUCCAAUACCUGCCCCACCAGACGUAGAUAAUGAGAACGGUGAACAUGUUGACUGCUCUGAAGACCAAGACUUCGUCCCAGCUGCCGAUUGUGCUAAGUACUACCGGUGUGUUCACGGCCAGCCGGUGGAGUUUACUUGCAAACCUCAAACCGUAUUCCAUACGGUGCUAAACGUUUGUGACUGGAGAGAGAAUGCGGACCGUGUUGAAUGCCGAGGAGAAGCGAAGACUGUUAGUGAUUUUAUGUUGGAGAAUUUUGAUGACGUAAUGGUGGACAAAUCUGAGGAGUCGGAAGUCAACCAAGGACAACGAUAAAUUCCACCGAAAUAAGAUUUCAAUAUAGAUGUUACCGAUGUUAAUAAAAUGAUUUAAAUAAUUUAUUUAGUUCAAGUUAA